GUGACAUAAUUGUCAGAAGGAGGGAGCAUCCAAGGGGCUUUACACUUGAGGAAAAUCUAAUGGGUCAAAUUUGGGCUCUUGUUGUCAGGGGAUGCUAACGUUGCCCACAGAGCUCUGAUUUGGUGUUGGCAUUUGUGAAUAGACCCACAGGACCUUUCAAAAGGAUUCUUUUUCACAUUUCGGAUCUUAUUUUGAUUUUAUGUAAAAGACAAACACAAAGUAGAGCAAAGCUCUAAGUAAUAAAAAUAAAACAUCUUUUUAAUAUUUCUUUUCAAAUAAAAAUCUGAAAACUGCGCACAUUUUGUAAUACCCAUUACAGCCCCAUUAGGUCAAUACCUUGUAUAACCAAUGACAGCUGCAAGUCUUUUGGGGGUCCGUCUCUUCCAUCUUUGCACAUUAAGACUGAACUUUUGCCUGGUCUUUAUUGCAGAAUAUCUUUAGCUGACAAUCUUCCAGUCUUGGCACAAAUGUAUUGGAUUUAGGUAUGGACUUAGCUAUGACUGGGCUAUUCUAACACAUCAAUUUGCUUCCAAACCAUCCUUUUGUAGUUCUGGUUGUAUGUUUAGAGUCUUUGUCCAGUUAAAAGGUGAACCCCCAGGGUGUUUCAAGGCUGUGUGCAGUGUUCAUUUUCCUCCAUACAUAGAAUUUUGCAUUUAGCAGGUGAAAAAGUCUCAUCUAACAGGACUUCUUAUGGAUUUCUUUUUUAUUUACAGGUACUAGGUCAGAGGUUUGGUAUUAUGAAUGCAAAAUGCACUUUUCACUUUGUGUUUCUCUUUCACAUGCAACUCCAAUAAAAUAAUAUGACAUUUGUGAAAAAAAAAAAACACAAAUCACAUCUGAAGUUUGAAGAAUUUAAAGUAUGACCUAAACAUUUGUCAAACAUGCCAGGCACCCACCUGACAGUCCCCUUUCCGUGACUGUGUUCAAUAAAGAUAUUAUUGACUGUGACACAUUAUUACUCACUGUGUCACCCACAUCAGUUUGGCUUCCAUUUGGAAAUGAUUUGCAGCACAGGUCACAAGACGAAAUCUGCCCAUGCCUCCUAUAAGCAGAGUAGCAACAGAGAAGCCCAUUGGCCGAGAGAGCAGCAGCAGCUGAAAUAGCAAUGUAAACACUUUCCCUCUCUCCAUGUGCCCCAGUAAUUAUAGCCAGGAUGCUGGUGACGACAGUCUUCCCAUCGAGACUUCAAAUGCUGGAAUAAAUUUGACAUUAUGACAUUUGAUCCCGACUCGCGCACUGGGGUACUGGUAUAAAGCCCGGGGAACCCAGCUGGAACAGAAGAUGUUUACCCUUUAGCUUAAAGCUUGGGUCUUAACUCUGAGGAAGGGGACCCUUUAAAUCGAGUGUGCUGGGUUUUACGUAAUAGAGCGGGGCAUAAGAGAAGUGCAGCAACACGGAAAGGAGACUUUACAGCUCUGCAACGUGGGGAAUGAAAGUGUUGGAGUGACAGGGAUCCCUUCAGAGGAAAUAUUUACUGGAAGACAAGGAGCAUUUCUUUGUAGCUUUAAGGACAUCAGUUCCAUCAGUUACCUAAUCGGCACCCCAGCUGUGACCUCUUAACGGGAGAGAGCAAAACAGGAGAAGGGUGGGUUGGAAACAACAUCAGGGUUAUCGAACAGCCUACGUCAUGGCAGCCAUCGAUCUUGAGCUGGGGCUGGAACACGGUGGACGGGGUUGGGGGCAGGAGAGGACCGAAGUUGUGGACAACUUUGACUCCGAGAUGCAGGAGUGGGAGGAUCAGCUGCAAGACAUCCAGAGGAAAAUUGAAGAGCUGUACAGUGAAGUUCAAGCACGGAGAGGAGCCAACGACAUCACUGGUCACAACCAGAAAAAUGGCAACCCGUCAGAGUGUGAGCUGAGGCAACACAGUAAUGUUCUUUUAGCACCCGGCUACCACGGUGGGAAUCAUCUCACAGGUGUUGCCAUCACGCAUUAUUGCAGCCACGAUGGUCAUGGCUACCCAGCAAAGCAUCAGAACGGCUACGAUUGCUGCUGCUCCAACGGGGAGAUCGGAGACUUGCUGCAGGAUUAUCUGGAGAAGGAGAAUAAAGCGAGCCGGAAGAGUAACAGAGCUCGCCACGUACACUUCAGUGACACAGUUAAGGUGAACCAGGACAACUCGGCAUUUCAGGAUGAGGCCAGACGUCGAUCUGGAAAUCACAGGGAUGGGCCAGAGCAAUAUUUGAGCAAUUUUGAGGAAACUGAAAACAAUAAGAACCGAGUGUCUCACAUGAUUAGUUCCCCCCGCAGAGAGGAAACCAUUGGUACAAAGCCCCCUGUACCAGCACGUUCUCAGUUCACAGUCAUGACAGCCGAGUCUCCUUUGUUGGAGAAAAAGUCCUUCAAUCCAGGAGUGCUGGGAGACAGGAAAUGCAGCAGCCCCUCUGUCCUUAGGAAGUUUGGAGCCAUGCUUCAAGAGAAUGAGGGCAAAACACUCACAGAAUCCGGGGUAGUGACCCAUCAGGGAACGUCCCCAGAGGCAAAGUGUUCCACUCCUUGCUGUCAGCGCAGAGCUCUGGGAGCCAGCAAGGCGCCCAUUCGCGUUCCUAACCAGCAAUGCCAAGCAAAUUCUGAUGUGCUGACAGCGGAGACAGACUCCAGCCAAGACUGGGGUUCAUUAUUAGACUCUGCUAGGCACCAUUACAAGGAUCAGAGAGAAGGCUGCAGUAGUGCUAUAGGCCCUCAGUCUGUUCCCCAGCAGGUCCUGGGGAGAUCUCAGGUACCAGGGAGCCCAAAGAUCAGACCCAGGGCUAACAGUGGGGCAGACAGAGAGGGAGGGUGGACUCAUGGGGAAAAAGCCAAGAAGCCUGCGCUCCAGCAAGUGGAGCCCAAAACACACUACAGGACAACAAGUCCUUCCCCUGGAGCUCAGAGGAUUCAGAGGGGACAGGAUGCACCUGGCUGUGGCUAUUUGAGGGAUGAGGGACUUAUCGAAUUGCUGGGCAUGCUAGAGAUCCAACAUCAGUACAGCUCCAGUCCCAAAACAACAUACACAGCUUACAGACAAGAGCCACAGCAGGUAAACCCUGCAGAGAUGUCUCCUGCAAGACCCAAGACAGGUUUUUCUCGUCCAGCACGUCCCGCCAACCAGCGACCUCCUUCCAGAUGGGCCAAUCGUACACCUACUGCCAGAAUCACUGCUCCGUCAGGCCCACUUUACCGGCCCCCUAGCCCCCUUACUCGCACCCCUAGCCCUGCCCUCAAGCAUCGGCCUCCCAUUUCCUAUUCCCUGCACACAGAAACUGUCAUUAUGUGACAAUUUCCAUCUGAUGAUGUAUGUCCCUGUCACCUUGAACAAAACCCUUUUGUAAAUAAUAAAAGCCUGCUGCUUAAUGAUUGCUAAAAUGAAGAGGAAAACGUCAUCCUGACUUAUUUAAAACGCACCAUCCAUAUUCUCCAGUGAUGCUGUAGCUUUAAACUUCUUCUGUGCCUAACUUUUACCAACACUACAACCAUACUGCUUUUUUGCUCCCCAACAUGUAAUGUUUUUGUAUAAAAUGAAUGUGUUUUUCUGUGUGAAGGAUUAGCAUGCAGCCCCAGCUCAGGUCUGUGUUUUCAGGUUUUCUGGUUGCCACAUUGAAUCAAAUGCAGUCUCAUCAGGGAGAUCCAGUCAGUACAGAGCUCCCAGUGGUAACCUGUAAACUGUUGAAAAGGGAGUUGGACUGUGUGAUAUUGUUGAAAAGUAUUCAAAAUGUGACAAAUGAUUUUAAUAUGCCUUUCUUGUAUUUUUCUUGAUAAUAAAUAUGACUGUGCUUAACGUAAACACUGA